AGAGAGAAGGGAGAGGAAAGAGAACAAGAAAUGGGGAGAGAAAGGAGAGACAGAAACGAGGAGAGAAAAGGGAGAGAAGGAGGUGAUUAGCAAGAGAAAAACACUGUUGAGAGAAUGGGGAGGUGUCUGGGACAAAAGGAGGGGGGCAGAGAGAGUGAGGUGUGCUCAUUUGCUCAUGAUAAAAAGAGAGGGAGGGUGCAUGUGAGAGUGCCGUCAUUCGUUUCUGAGCAGUGAACAAGAACACAGCAUCUGCGGAUGGAAGAAUCGACUCAUGAGUGAAGAGGAGAAAUAAAGCAAGAGAGCAAGGUCAACAGAGAAAACACAUACCUAUAACGAUAUAUCUAUAACCCAGUAUACAUAUAUCACUAUACAGUAUGGCUGUUUUCCACAAGCACCGGUGUCACAGUGAAGUGAAAUGACAUUUGGCAUCAAUUCCUUACUGCCACAUAUCAGAUUGGUCACUCAGAUGUCUCAAGUUCCCAACAGGGUCCACUGGAGCUGGAUAUCUGGACAUCUUCAGUGUUGACCCAUGGAUAUGACUUUCCACUCAUCUGGCAUAGCUCCGGGGUGCUUUUCUUUUUUGUCUCCCCCCACCUGCUGUAUUGGGUGUCUUAUUUUGUGAUCAACUUGUUCUUUAACAUUACUGAUUGAUCAUGUAAUAAUAAGAAGACUCUUGGUUUCUUCUGCUGUGAUUGAGACAUUUUAUCUACUCUUUUGUACUGUCUAUCCCUUGCUGUCUUUUUAAAGUCUGCUCACUUAUUGUGGGUAAGGUCAUUUCUUUUCUGAGAAGAUGAAGAUGACACUCUGCAUUAUUUUAAAUCUUAUCUUGCUCCUAGCCAUCACAUCAUAUUCUGAUUCAGCCAAUCAGACUGAGGUGACUGUGACAAUGGAGGAGGAAGGGGUGGUGUCAUCAGGCAGCCGUUGUUGGGGUUACUAUGAUGUGAUGGGCCAGUGGGAUCCACCCUUUAAUUGCAACGCCGGCAUGUACCUGUUCUGCUGUGGCUCAUGCUACUAUCGCUUCUGUUGCCAGUUCAACGGUCACAGCCUGGAUCAGACCAGUUGUUCCAAUUAUGACACACCUGCCUGGGCCAAUACAGGAAAACCUGCCAGUGGCAAUGACGGCAACAAUGCUAAUGCCAAUGCCAAUGCUAACACUAGCAAUAUGCCCAAGCCAGACCAGAUGCACAUGAUUGUGUAUGUGAUCUGUGGCGUGGUGGCCAUCAUGAUGCUCGGCGGAAUCUUUGCCAAAUUGGGUCUGGAGAGGACCCGCAGAGGAACUGGGGAUACCAGCAACACCAGACCCCUGACAGAGCGGCUGAAGCUGCCAGGUGAGGCAGAGUGCAUGGUCAGAGGGGCAGGGCAUCAUCCGUCCAGAUCUAAUGGAAUAUCUGGACGCCUUAUAAGGACUAAUAACGGUGAGCAAAAACUUGACACCCAAAUCUCCUACAGUAUGCACGUCACUAACAACCAUAUCUCAUUUCCUUUACUUACAGAAGAUACAACAGCCAGAGACUACUAUAGAAGUUUCCCAUUGAUGGACCAAACAUACUGUCAGUCAUCACCUACGACUUUCCAACCCAUUGCUUUCCACUCCAAAGAAAAGCCAUUCCUCCUUCCACCAGAGAUCCAUUUUCCUGUCACUAACACCAUAACACCCUCCCAGAUCCCCAAGUCCAAGAUCUCCAGGACCAACACCCAACCACUGAUCUCCAUCUCUGCCUUCCAAGCCUGGGAAUCCAGUAAGAGUCCUGCUCAGCAUCAUGUCUCUCUCACUGGCCAACCACAACCAUCAAUGUCCCAGCCCAACAACCGAGGCCACAUCUACUUAAACAAGUUCCAGUUUAGAACAGAGACCCUGCCUGAGCUGAUGUAUCAACCCCUGGGGUACAAACAUUCCCCUCAGGCUCUUCCGAAACACAAGGGGCUUCACACAAACAGCAAGACAGAAGUGACUGUGUGA